AUGGGUAACUGCAUGAGUUCUAGGGGAGGAGACGAUGAAGGUCAGAAGAAAAAGAGUCAGGCGAUUGAUCGUGGCCUGGAAGAAGAUUCAAAGAAGCUACGGCGCGAGUGCAAGAUCCUGCUGCUGGGUUCUGGCGAGAGCGGAAAGUCGACUAUUGUCAAGCAGAUGAAGAUCAUCCACCAAAACGGCUACAGUGUCGACGAACUGCGCCUCUACAGGCAUACCAUCUACAAGAACGUCAUUGAUUGCGCCAAAGCUCUCAUCGGCGCAAUGCAACAAUUCGACAUAUCCCCAGAAGUACCCGAAAACAUUCAACACUGCGAGUUUAUCAUGCAGUUCACAGUCGACCCCGACCCGAAUGCUCAUCUGGAUGCCAGAUGCGCUACUGCCAUCACUGCAAUAUGGAAAGAUCCCUGUAUACCUAGAGUCCUCGAUCACUCGAGCGAGUUCUACAUGAUGGACUCGGCAUCUUACUUCUUCGACGAAGUCCACAGAAUAACCCAAGACGAUUACUGCCCGACGGAGGCAGACGUACUAAGAGCAAGAACAAAGACUACUGGUAUCUACGAAACGCGAUUCCAGAUGGGCCAACUCAGCAUUCACAUGUUCGAUGUUGGUGGUCAACGAAGUGAGCGCAAGAAAUGGAUCCAUUGUUUCGAAAAUGUCACCUCUAUCAUUUUCUGCGUUGCGCUUAGUGAGUACGAUCAGGUACUCCUAGAAGCGAGCGACCAGAAUCGCAUGAUGGAGAGUCUGGUUCUUUUCGACUCGGUCGUCAACUCGAGAUGGUUUAUGAGAACAUCUAUCAUCCUCUUCCUCAACAAGGUCGACUUGUUUAGGCAAAAGUUGGGCAAAUCACCGCUCUCCAAUUACUUCCCGGAUUACUCGGGUGGCAAUGAUGUGAAUCGUGCCGCGAAGUAUUUGCUCUGGAGAUUUAACCAGGUCAACAGGGCGCAUCUUAACCUUUACCCUCACCUCACACAAGCGACCGAUACGUCAAACAUUCGCCUGGUCUUUGCAGCCGUAAAAGAAACAAUUCUACAGAACGCAUUGAAGGAUUCAGGAAUCCUAUAG